GUUAGUUCUUAACUCGUAUUACACGUGUUGCGCUUCCCACUGUGCUACGAGGAGUUCUCCAGGACCGUGAACAGCAAGCAAGCAAGACAUUAGGCAUAGCGGACGUCUGUCCAGGAACGUUUUCAGCGCGACUCAGCUGAGCAUGGAUAAGGAGGAUCAUAAACGUAAGAGGAAGCGCAGCCGGAGCAAGGCCGGCCGUGGCGAAGGGCCGGGCGGCGCCGGCGAUGACGCAGGUGCUUCACCAAAGCAAGUCAAGCAGCAACAGCAGGUGGUGUUGGGAAAGCCCCAGCAGGGCAAGCUCCAACAGGGAAAGCCCCAACAGCCGCCCGCAAAGGGAGCUGGAGCCCUAGCGGCCAAGAGCGCUGGCAAGGGAAAGCCUCAGCAGCCCCAAAAGCAACCGGCUCCCUCAGCAAAGAAGGCCCGCACCCUGCCGGCCUCCAAACAGUCAGCUGACGACGACGAUGAGGAUGAGGACGAGGAGGAUAUUGACAUUGACGAUGAUGACGAGGACGAGGAGGGCGCUGCGGACUUCAACAGUGAGGACUUUGACGCCAUGGUAGCUGGCGGCGGCAGCAGCGAUGAGGAUGAGGGAGAUGAGGACGAGGAGGAGGAGGACGAGGAUGAGGAUGAGGAGGGGGACGACGACGAGGAGGGUGAGGACGAGGAGGAGGAGGAGCUGGACGCCAAGCAGCGGAAAGGACGGAAAAAGUCCGACGCCUCCGCGGACAACGAUGAGAAGGACAACGUGCAGCUGCCCCCCCGGGCGGCUGGAGGUGCCUCAUCAGGCAAUGGAGGAGCCGCCUCGGGCAGUGGUCUGCAGGUGGAGCGGCACACCGCCACCGUGGCGGGCAUCAUGAGCGCCUCCGAGUUCAGCAGCCUGGAGCUGACGGAGAACACCAGCAAGGCUGUCGCCGACAUGGGUUUCAGCCACAUGACGGAGGUGCAGGCGCGAACCAUUCCCGCGCUGCUGACGGGGCGGGACGUGCUGGGAGCAGCCAGGACGGGUUCCGGCAAGACGCUGGCCUUCCUCAUCCCCUGCGCCGAGCUGCUCUACCGCGCCAAGUUCAUGCCGCGCAACGGCACGGGCGCCAUCGUCAUCUCACCCACCCGCGAGCUGGCGCUGCAGAUCUACGGCGUUGCUCGCGACCUGCUCAAGUACCACACGCAGACCCACGGCAUUGUGAUGGGAGGGGCCAACAGGCGCACCGAGUCCGAGAAGCUGGUUAAGGGCGUGAACCUGCUGGUGUCCACCCCGGGUCGGCUGCUGGACCACCUGCAGAACACGCGCGGCUUCAACUUCCGCAACUUGGCUUGCCUGGUGAUCGACGAGGCGGACCGCAUCCUGGAGAUUGGGUUCGAGGAGGAGAUGCGACAGAUCAUCAAGAUCCUGCCCAAGGAGCGUCAGACCAUGCUGUUCUCCGCCACCCAGACCACCAAGGUGGAGGACCUGGCGCGCAUCUCCUUCAAGCACCAGCCGCUGUACGUGGGGGUGGACGACGGGCGGGCGGUGGCGACCCGCGAGGGGCUGGAGCAGGGCUACUGCGUGGUGCCGGCGGACAAGAAGUUCCUGCUGCUGUUCACCUUCCUCAAGAAGAACGCGAACAAAAAGGUGAUGGUGUUCUUCUCCAGCUGCAACAGUGUCAAGUUCCACGCGGAGCUGCUGAACUACAUCGACAUCCCCGUGAAGGACAUCCACGGCAAGCAGAAGCAGCAGAAGCGCACCACCACCUUCUUUGAGUUCUGCCAGGCCGAGAAGGGCAUCCUGCUGUGUACCGACGUGGCGGCUCGCGGUCUGGACAUCCCCGCAGUGGACUGGAUCAUCCAGUUCGACCCGCCGGAUGACCCGCGCGAGUACAUCCACCGAGUGGGUCGUACGGCUCGCGGCAAGGAGGGGCGCGGGCGGGCGCUGCUGCUGCUGCUGCCGGAGGAGCUGGGCUUCCUGCGCUACCUGAAGGAUGCCAAGGUCCCCCUCAACGAGUACGAGUUCCCAACCUCCAAGCUGGCCAACGUGCAGUCGCAGCUCGAGCGCCUCGUGGAGAAGAACUACUACCUGCACUCCUCCGCCAAGGACGCCUUCCGCGCCACGCUGCUGGCCUACAACAGCCACUCGCUGAAGGAGAUCUUCAACGUGCACCGACUGGACCUGCAGGCGGUGGCGAGGUCGUUCGGGUUCGCGGUGCCGCCCAGGGUGAACCUGCAGCUGGAGAGCCACUCCAGCCACUCCCGCAAGGCGGCUCGCAUGGCGGGCGGCGCCGGGGGGGCAGGCGGGGGAGCAGGCGGCAAGGCGGACUACCGGCGGGGUAUGGGCACCGGGCACAAGUUCAGCGCGGCUAACCCGUACGGCAAGCGGGAGGCGGGCGACAAACGGCAGUUUGUGCGCAUCUGAGAGGUUGCUGACUGCUGCUGAUGCUGGUGCUGCCCGGAUGCCUUGAUGCUGCCAUGCUGCCUUACUUUGGGAUGCAUGAGGUGCAUUGGGUUGGGGCUCAUGGCCCGUGUGAUCUCUUGGCACAAUGUAACAGCUAUCACGCAAGACGGAGAUAAUGGGUGCCGGCCACUUCUUGAGCAGGCAGCGAGCUUGCAGCCGCGAUGCGUAUAUCUGUGGCAGUUUGGUCGUCCCGAGAUGGGAGGUGUCCUGCCGGUGUGAUUUAAUUGUGAGACGGGUGGAGCGGCACCUCUCACUCCUGUGUAUCGUCGUGCUUCGUACAUAUGGUUUUGUGGUAAUGGCGACGAAGGGCGAUAUACCGGUUUCAACAGGAUGAGGGAACAUUGAGCCACUGACGGCGCUUUGUAAUAUGCUUUGUGACGA